CUAACCACCAUGGGGAGUUGAGGGCAAGGCGACGGGAUAUUUUUGUUAAUGUUUUAUUCACUGAAAUCGAUCCAUAUGCCGCGUUUCGGAGCACCGUGUUCACGCCAGUAUCCCCAAUGCAGCGGACCACGGGGAACGGGGUUUCAGAGACGGGUGAAUUGUUUUCCAGCAAACUCACUGCUACAGAGGAAGGUCUGACCUCCUUCUUCUGCAACCAGAGACAUGAGCGUUGUCAGAGAUUUACAUGGGGUCGGGUACAGGGGCAGCAGAGGCGUCAUGGCCUCUCUGAACGGCCCCGCGCACUUCACCGAAGAUGCCCCCAGGCCUCCCGUUCCUGGCGAGGAGGGCACUGAUCUGGACCCGCCGGUCCAGUCGGGCAACAGCCGUCCGGGCGGCCUGUCCCAAACCCAGGGAUAUCCCUCUUCUAAAAUGGGAGACCCUUCAAGUCACGCGCCUUCCUCUUCGUCGUCUGCAACCCCACGCCGGCCCGACCUGGACCUGGGCUACGAGCCGGAGGGCUCGGCGUCUCCGACUCCACCGUACCUGAAGUGGGCCGAGUCGCUUCACUCGCUCCUGGACGACCAGGAUGGCACCAACCUGUUCAGGAGCUUCUUGUGUCAGGAAGGGUGCGAAGAUCUGGUCGACUUCUGGUUUGCGUGCUCGGGCUUCAGGCAGACCAGCCAAGACAAGAGGGCCAAGUUGGCCAAGGCCAUCUACAAGAAGUACAUAGUGGACGGGAGCGGGAUCGUUUCCAGGACGAUCAAAGCGGCCACAAAGAGCUUCAUCAGAGACUGCGUGGGAAAGCCACAUCUAGACCCCGCCAUGUUUGAACAGGCUCAAACAGAGAUCCAGGCCAUGAUGGAGGAGAACACCUACCCGCUGUUCCUUAAAUCGGACCUUUACCUGGAGUACACCCGGACAGGAGGAGAGAGCCCCAAGCCCAAUCCCAGCGAUCAGAGUCCCUCAUCGGGCCCGGCCAAGCCGCCGCCUGGCUAUCUGCCGACUCUAGCUGAGGAUGUGGAGUGGAGAGGUGGAGCUCGAGAGGAAGAGAAAGAUGAAGACAAUUGCGGCGACACACCAGUGAGUAGGCUGACUCAAAGCCUGCUGAUGCAGACGGCACCGCAGAGGGCCUCACCCAACAGGAGGAGGCAGGACACCAGGGAGUACAGACCUUGGAAAGAGCCGGUAAACCCUUACUACGCAAACAUGGGCUACGCCCGGGCCCCAGUAACCAGCGCCAACGACAGUGAGCAGCAGAGCAUGUCAAGCGACGCAGAUACAAUGUCCUUGACCGACAGCAGUGUAGAUGGUAUUCCUCCAUACAGAUAUCGGAAGCAGCAUCGGAAAGAGAUGCAUGAAAGUGCCAAAGCCAAUGGCCGUGUGCCCCUACCUCAUAUACCUCGCACGUAUCGCAUACCAAAGGACAUCCACGUAAAGCCGGAGAUGUUUGCAGCAGAACUCAUCAACAGGCUGGAGGCUGUUCUCAAAGAUCGAGAUGCCCAGGAAAUGCUUGAAGAAAGGCUGAAGAGAGUACGACUGGAAGAAGAGGGUGAUGAUGCCGACGUCUCCAUGAUGACCUCCAUGUCUUCUCACAGCAUACCACUUCCCAUCCCCUCGUCGUUUCCACCUCUGUACGGGGCCCGUUAUUCAGAGACCACUGCGAACACGGGAACAGCCACCACGUACGGCGGCCUGGUGGCCAUGGAGGACGCUCACGAAGACGACCCCGAAUCCAUUUUGGACGAACACGUGCAGCGGGUGAUGAAGACGCCGGGCUGCCAGUCGCCAGGGGCAACUAACAGCAGCUUAGGCGGCGGAGGACGGCAUACUCCGCCCAAAUCGUCACGCUCCCCAGACGGAGGGAUCGGGCCGCCUCACUACCCCUCACACAGAGGAGGGGGACAGAGUCUGCCAACCGUGGGGGCCAAAGGCAUUUACCACCAUAAGCAGGUUUACCACAGAGGAAGAGAUGGACAAGAGGAGACGGGAGGUCGGCCUCUGCCCAACCUGGUGUGGAACGGAGACCAAGCCAACCAGUACGCGGGCCGGAGAAACUAUGCAGACGGAGCUGGAGCCAGCACCCUCGAGGGCAUGGGCUACGGUAGCAAAGGCAGCACAAUGUCGCGGCGGGGCUUUAAGAAGACGGAGACAUCGAGCAAAAGUGACGAGAACGGGCGUGGCCUGGAAACCCAGGGCUAUCCGGGUACUCAGGUGGAGGAUCUGGAGAGGAACCAGAAGAUUCUGCAAUGGAUGAUGGAUGGAGACAGGCAAAGGAAGAGUUCUCAUGGCGGCAGCACCAGCAGCUCCAGGAGAACGGGAGCCAGCACAGAGUCGCCACGCCCGACCUCCGUGGAACGACCUGGAGCUGUGCACCCAUGGGUCUCCGCCCAGCUGCGCAACAACUCCUCCUCGGUGUCCACGACGAUCCCCGGCUCGUCGUCCACUCAGGUCCAGCCUUCGCACCCGUUCAUCCAGGAUCCGGCCAUGCCGCCCAACCCCGCCCCCAACCCGCUCACACAGCUGGAGGAGGCGAGGCGGAGGCUGGAGGAGGAGCGGAGGAAGGCUGCUCUACUGCAGUCGAAGCAGAAACACAAGUCUGGGAAGCGGCAGGUUUGUGAGAACAUGACUGUGGCGUACUACUUCUGUGGAGAGCCCAUCCCAUACCGGACAUCGGUGAAGGGCCGCGUGGUGACUCUGGGCCAGUUUAAAGAGCUGCUUACCAAAAAGGGCCACUACAGGUUCUACUUCAAGAAGGUGAGUGACGAGUUUGACUGUGGAGUUGUGUUCGAGGAGGUCCGCGACGACGACGCCAUUCUGCCCAUCUUUGAGGAGAAGAUUGUCGGGAAGGUGGAGAAGGUCGACUGAAAUUCUGGGAACGGGAAACGGAACAGAUGACUUUCGAAACGAGGAGAUGCGACACCUACGAGAAAUUGGAACGUUGGCAAGUAGAAAGAUGGACGAGUGAUGUCUCACAAGGGUAGAAAAACACAGCAUAGAACGACUGAUGGAAGAUGGGAAUUCAUGGAUAAACAAAUACCUGCCUGGAUUAAAAACAAAGAAAAAAAAAUUGGGUCAGAUAAUGCUGGAAUGGAGAAAAGAACAAAAUAUUUUCCCUAUGUUCUGUUCUUUACAGAUCAACAAGGAGAGGUAUAUAUUAAAAAAAUGUCGAUGGAAGAGGGGUGAGGGAACUUCUGGAAGAAAAAAAAAAAGAGAAUGAAAGUUGUCUUCCACUUCUGCUCUAAAGGAGGAGCGCGUGUCCUCUGCAGACCAUUACAAUGCUGCUACAUUACCACGGAAACGCUUCAGUUGGUGCUCAGGACGGCAGCUCGCCGUCUUCGUUCCUCGUCAGCUGGGGACCGGUGGGGGAGAGGACAGAAACAAAAAAUCUGAACGUUUUCAUCUAGCUUCUUGGUUUUUUUAUUUUAUUUUAUUAUUUUUAUUUUAUUUUUUACAAUUUUUGCCUUGGUAGCUUCAGAACAGAGAGACGUACUCACCGCCAGGCGGGCCCAACGCGUUCCAAUCGCUCACAUCCUACCGUUCAGACGACAGUUCUCCGCCUAACUUGUUUACCAAAGCUACAUAUUUUGUUUUGGAUAGGACAAGUAUUCUAGCUACUUGUUAUCAUUUUAUUUGGUUUGUAUAUGAACAAAGGCAGGUACUAUUGCUUAUUUACUGCAUUUUUGUUUUGUCAUAUCACACUUUAUAUAGUAUUAUUGUGUAUGUUUUGAAAAUCACGUGGAAGCGGCGAUGGAGUUUCUCGUCACUAAAUCAUAAAAGUGCCCCUUGUUUCCGUUGUUUCGAUAGGAUUCGUCUGCUCUAAAGUUUUUAGGUUUUUUUUGUUUGUUUUUUUUCCCCCUAACUCUAGAUUUUUUUUUUCCUCCAAUAUGUUUCUCAAAAUUCCCACUUUUCUAAAACGCCUCUGCAUGUUUUUCACAUCUGCCCCAGUUGAUAGCGUCGUGUGUGUCACAGCGGAAGCUGAGGGAACAUGCAGGGUGGGUACACAUCGCUGUGUUUACAAGACUUUAGAGUAAGCUAAUAGAAAUAGCCUUUUUUUUAUGUUCUCUGCUUUAUUGGAAUUCUCAGCAGUAGGUUUAUCCCGGGUGCUUGCCUUGUCGGUGCCAUUAGGCUCUUCAAACAAAGGAAAAAAAAAAAAAAAGCAAAUUCUCAAUCACAUUUGCGCCUUUAUCCAUCUUUUAUGUGAUCUCUGCCAAAGAACAUGUGUCCUGCAAGCUGACAUGAGUGUCUAAGAAUCAUUUUUAUCGUAACAAGCCGAAGGGAAUGUUGCUCCAGUAGUUUAGCCAAUCUAAAAAAGACAGUUUAUUUUAAAUAGAGAUCCACUGAUACAUUUUGUGAUCCAUUUUGACCUCCGUUUAGUUUUUUUUAUUUUAUUAUCACCAGUUCUUUGGGGUGCCAGUGGAACCAGUAAACUUUUGUUGAUUUCAAAGAAUAAUUUACUUAAAACAAGCUCUUAUGUCUUGCUGAAACUUCGUUUGUUUUAUCAACUCUUUGCCAAAGUUGAUUUCAUAUCAAUUCUGAUUUCUCUUUACAAAGUUUAAUUAUCAGCAUGCAAUAUAUAUAUAUUUCUUUCUUUCCUUUUAGCCAUGAGCAGUCACUAAUCAGGUUGUUAGAAGUGGGGGGUGAUGCGUGCACAUAUGUGGGUGGGUGAGCAAAUGGGCACAAAAAAAAGUCUUUACAAUUUAAAGCAAACAAACAAUCACAGGAGAGACUUCAAGAUAUUUUUUCUUUAUUAAAUAUCACGUGGUUACAACAAGAGUAUUUGUUUACACUAGAGGUCUGGAGCGCCGCAGCCACUUGUGGCUUAAAUCAUCCAUAAUUUUGUCCAAAAUAUUAAGGAAGUGAGUGAGCAAUUUUUUUAAAGGAAAUAAAAAACAAAUGCUAGCUUCAGCAGUUUUUCCCUAGGUGAUGGGCUUCUUUCUUUUGUCGAUGAAUUCUGUUCAGCUAGGCUAAGGGCAGAAAUGGCUGACCCAGGUGAAUGUUGCUGACCACUGGCCCCUUUACCUGAACCAGAAGAGAGGUUCCUACCAAACUGGUUUAAGUAAUAAACGGUGCCAAUACCUGCUUGUCACCAGUUCUUUGUGCUGCAGCAAAGAUCAAUAAACAAUUUUAACUUUAUCUUUUUAGCACCAAGAAGCUAAAACUAGCUAAAAAAAAAACUAACCCAGCCACCAGUUCAAUUAAACUUUAAUUAAACCAAUCAAAACCUUCUGAGUGCCGAUUUAGUCUUUCAUCUAAUUUAAGACAAGAAAACACUAGAAAUGUCAAACUUCAACAUUAAGUAGUUGGAUUUGCAUUGGAAUGGCACAAACUUUCGCUUUUCUCCCCUCCUUGCUUCAACACAGUUAAUCUUUUAAUGUCACCAGGUUUUGUAAAUUCUGGUCUAAAACUUGUCUCCCAGUUUGGCUGCUGGUGCAGAUUUGUUUAAUUCUGUGUCAACAUCUUAAGAUGGUGAUGAUAUGACAUCUGUUUGAGAUGAUGUGACUUCUGUACUUAAAUUGUGUCCAUGAACAAAACUGAGGGAGUAUCUAACUUCUACUGAUCAAGAUGUUUAAAGGCGGCUCUGAGAACUGAAACUGGUUAUUUUAUAAAACAAGCACACAAAAAUAAAACGGCCAAUCAGAUUUCUAACAGGCUCCUAAUAUGUCCAGCUGAUUUUAUUGAGGGAGGUUGGAAGCUCAAAAAGAAAAAAAUAUUCUGAUAUAUUUAGCUACUGAAAUAUCACUCCCCAUAUAGAGUUUAAAUAAAGCACAGACAUUGUACCCAUUUAUGAACCAUGAUACUUUCCUUUCCAAAUAGCCACCUUUUGUGCUUUUUUCAUUUUGAAGACCUCAUUAAUAAUAAAAAUAGUUAACUGUGAGCCUUCCUCGAUUUGUAGCAACUUCCUCCUUAAAGAGCACUGCAAAAAAAUAAAAUAAAAUAAAUAAAUUAUAAUUUUACCAAGUAUUUUUGGUCUAGUGUUUAGUACAAAUAUCUUUGUACAAUAUUGAUGAACCAGGGUAACUGUUCAGAUCUCGCCAGACUCCCGUUGGAGUCUGGCAGAUUUUUUCAGAUUAUUUCACUUAUAAUAUCUUGUUUAUAAGUGAAAUAAUCUGCCAGUGGAACCAGUAAACUUUAUUAAUUUCAAAUAAUAAUUUACUUAAAACAAGCUCUUAUGUCUUGCUGAAAAGUUGUUAGUUGUAUCUUUCUUCAAGUGUAAUAAAAAAAACUUGUGCUAUAAACUAGACCAACAGUACGGUGUAAGAUUCAGUGUUUUUUGCCGUGAGUGUAGCUGAGACAUUGGUAGCACUUUGAAAUGGUGCGUUCUUUGACUGAAAAAAAUAGAAAAGAUCAGGUUGAAUUUCAGGAGCAGUUGAGCUGAAAUCUGGUGAAUUUCUUUUUGCGCGCGUGUGUGUGUGUUUCAGUGCAACUUUUAUUUGCAAUCUGCAGUUUCUAUAAUUUACAAGUCUGCCAUUUCAUCUUUCUGAGAGUUAGAUGACAGGAUGUACAACUCCAAUCUGAAAAGGCACACCCGAAGCCAAAGCAGCUGUUAGUUUACAGGACAGAUUUUUUUUUUUUUUUUUUGUAAUUAUUUUGCUCAUUUUUGAUCUCAUUGGAUCUAUAACUAAAAUAGUCAAUGACACGCUCAACUAAAAAUGGAUCAACUUAGAGAAAUAGCAGAAAAAUAAAGUAAGUUCAACUGUAAUCUGGGUCUGGAACAAUUUUGAGCUUCUGAGAUGCAAGUUAAAAGGGAAAAUAUUAUAUAUAUAUAUGCUUUUUAAUCCAGACCUGCUGUUUACUGUUAUUCUAAUCUCAGUUAGCCUGCUGUAGGUUUUGGUUCAUGUUUAUUUUACAGACACGAUUGGCAUAAAAUCUCGUCGUCCAGUUGUUUCUGAGGAAAUGGAACGAACACAUUUUAAAGUCCCCUGUCUUUCCAGCAGUUUCCAUCAGUGCCACAACAUAUUUUUGUACAGCUGGUUCACUGAAACACCAGGUAUCUGAGCUGAAUGUAUAUUUUUUAUUUUUAUUUUUUUGUCUUUAGCCGAUUUCCUGUAAGGAAUCCUCCCAAGUGAUCAUAUAUCAUGUCUGUCUCCGGUAUUGAUCUCAUGCUGUUGCAGACGUGUCGCGCUUUUCCCCAUGCUGGUAGAUAAUUGAAUGUUCCUGGCUUGUCGAGAACGUCGUCAUACCCGGGUUGAAAAUCUGAAAACUUGCCCUUAAAACCCCUUAUGCCUUCAGAUGAAAAAUGAAAAAUUUUAAAUAUGUAUUUGUUUAUAAGAAAAAAAACUUAAUCACUGAGCAUGUUGUUUAUAAGGAAUGUUUUUGAUUGAAUUUAAAUCUAUUUUUAUUGUUUUUGUGCAGACUGCUUUGGCCCUCUGACAUCUUGUUUUAACAUUAGUGAUGAACAGUCAUGACAUUUUUUUUUUUUUUUUAAAGAAAAUUAUAAAAAAAAGAAGAAGAAAAAAGAGCGCCUUCAUCUGCAGCGUUGGGGAUUGUGAAGCUCAGUGCCUUUUAUUAUGUACUCUUAAUCAGUCUAUAAUUUUAAUAUAAAAUUUUGUCAUAAGUCACUCCUGGUGCGUGUUUUUUUUUUUUUUUUUUUUUUUUUUUUUUUUUUUCCAAAAGCCACAGUGUUGCUCUUUCUCCCUUCUGUUCAGAUCAACCCUGUGCUGUAAAUAUGUACAUUAUCAUUUCAUACGUGUUGUCAGACCUGCACCACAUUGUCCAUGGUGUUUCUGUUUCUUUUUUUUUUUUGGUUUGUUUGUUUUGUUUUUUUUGUUUUGUUUUGUUUUUUUCCAAUGCCAAGAUGUCCCUGUGCUGGUUUCACUUGUACAUUUCUUAAAAAGGUACUUCAUAAUAAAGAUGUUGAAUAAACUUUUUCUGUCUAUUUCAAAUUUGUGGGACUAAAAAUUUAUCAUUUAUGUUCAAAUGGAUUAGAACUACUUCUAGAAAUCAU